AUGGGCGUUGUAAGAAUUCCCUUUGAUGAGACUUUCAUCUUGUAUGAUCCGUCAGAUGCGCUUGCAUACGUUUUGGUAUACUUUUCACUUUUACCAAUUGGAAUCUUAAUCUUUUAUUUCUCUUGGUUUAUAUCUGGAAGAGAGCUGGAAGCGGUGAUAAUAGCAGGUGGACAAGUUGUUAAUGAGAUUUUUAAUAAUAUUUUGAAGAAUUGGAUAGGACACGCGAGGCCGAUGAGUUUUGGAGCUUCUUUCCAGAAGGAUACUAUGAGAUCUGAAUAUGGGAUGCCCAGCGCGCAUUCGCAAUUUAUGGGUUUUUUUUGCAUGUAUUGGUCUCUGAAAAUAGUUACGUCCUGGACGGGAUUGUCUAGGGUUCGGAAAACGGUCAGCCUUUUGGCCUUUUUCUUAAGUUCGAUCUGUGUGGCUUUCUCCAGAUGGUACCUCGGCUAUCAUUCUUUCGACCAGGUUUCAAUCGGUGUUACCUUGGGUGGGUUUCUGGGUAGCCUUUAUUUCAUGGGAGUCGGGAUUCUCAGAUACUUAGGAUUGAUCGAUUGGGUCCUGAGCUGGAAAAUUUCUCGCGCAUUGAGAAUCAAAGACUCAUUCAACAAUUGUCCGCUAAGUCUUGCCCAAGAACUUGAGCAAUGGCACACCCGUUGCCUAGCGGCAAGUGAGAAAAAAAAUGCAUAA